AUGUCAGAACUUGAUCAAUUGGUUAACUUGUUAGCUAGCGCUAAUAGCCCAAACACACAACAAAGAGAUGAAGCCACUAAAAAGGUAUUGGCGUUUCUAAAGACUGACGAAUCAUUGGUAAAGAUGAUGAAGAUCAUAGAGGCAUCGUCGGUGGAUUUGAACGUUAGAUUGCUCGCCGCCAUCCAGUUCAAGAACCAUGUAAAGGAGAAUUGGAGGGACACAGACACCACCGAGAACCCAAUCUCGCGCAAGGACAAGGACACCAUCAAGCAGGUCAUCAUUUCAUUGUUGAUCACGCUGCCACCACUCUUACAGUCAAUGAUGAUGGAGGCGCUCACCGUUAUCGGUGACGCAGAGUUCCCCAACGACUGGCCCACGCUGCUGCCCGAGCUCAUCACCAAGCUGCACAGCAACGACUACACAGUGGUGAAUCCCGUACUCCAAACACUCAGCUCACUCUUCAAGCGCUACAAAGACACAACACCAACCAACGCCGUAAUGCUCGAGCUCAAGUAUAUCCUCCUAAUCUUCCCAACUCCAUACCUUGAGUUGCUCCUGAAAACAGGCAAUGUGAUUAGAGAGACAAAGGAUUUGACUGGAGAUCAGUUGAAGCUAUUGUUCACAGCAAUCUUGUCGAUGCUUGAGAUAUUCCAUUCAAUCAGCAACGUUGACAUUGCAGAGUUCUUUGAGGACAACCUUGGCAACUUCACCAAAGAGUUCCAAUUCUAUCUCCAAUACCAAUCAAACUGUCCACAGUUGGUCGAUUCAAAGAGUGAUGAAGACCCAUCAUUGUUGAACUUGAUUCAUACAGAGAUAUGCGAGAUUCUUAACUUGUACACUCAGCGAUACGAUGAGGUGUUCCUCAACUACCUCCAACCAUUUGUUACAAGCGUCUGGAGUCUGUUGUCUCAGACGUCGAACGCUAUCAAGAAUGAUCCGUUGAUCUUUGCUUCAUUGAAGUUCCUCAGCACAGUGAGCAUGAGCAUUCAGCACAACCUGUUCCAGCAAGAGGACACACUGAAACAGAUAUGUUCGUGCAUCGUCACGCCAAACAUCAAGCUGCGCGAGUCUGAUCUGGAGCUCUACGAGGACAACGCUGCGGAAUACAUGCGACGUGAUAUCGAGGGCAGUGACAGCGACACUCGUCGUCGUGCCGCCAUCGAGUUGGUCAAGGGCCUGCGCAAGUACUUUGAGACGCAGGUGACCCAGCUCAUCUCUGUGGACAUCAACCAGCUGCUGCAGCACUAUCGUGCCAACCCACAGGAGAACUGGCUGUCCAAGGACAGCGCCAUCUUCCUGGUGACUGCACUGGCCAUCAAGACGGACAGUACCGCUGGCGUGCCCGUCGUCGAGUUCUUCAAGGCCGAGGUGGUGCCCGUGCUCCAGAACACCAAGGGCGUGCAACCAAUCCUGGUCGCCGACUGUCUCAAGUUCAUCACAAUCUUCCGCCAGCAGUUGCCCGCCGAGAUCUACCCCCAGUUGCUCCAGCUCUGUGUGCUGUGUCUGUCCAACCCAGACCACGUCAUCCACACCUACGCCUCCACCUGCAUCGACCGUCUGCUCACUGUCAAGGACAAUGGUGUGCCCAGACUGUCGGCCGAGUUUAUCCGCUCGGUGCUGGGCGAUAUCCUUCUGCCAUUGGUCAACGUGUUCAGCUUCCCAAGCUCCAAGCAGAACGAGCGUACGAUGCGCGCGAUCGUUCGUAUCGUCCUCAUGAUGAUUGGCAAGGUGGACGUAGGCACGACCACUGAGCUGCUCGGCAAGUUCACUUCGAUCCUCAUGGCCGAGAUUGACAACCCAUCGAACCACUCAUUCAACCAUUACUGCUUCGAGGUCAUUGGCUCACUGCUCAAGUCCUUUGCCGGCCAGCCCAACGUAUUCCAGACGGUCAUCCCACUGGUCAACGCCGUUCUGCAGAAGGACGUUCAGGAGUUUGCGCCAUACACCUACCAGCUGCUGGCCAUCCUUGUGGAGAAUGCCGACGCUCAGUACCUCGCUCCAUACAGAUCCAUGAUACCAAUACUCUACACACCAGCGCAGUGGAUGCGUCAGGCAAACGUGCCAGCACUCGUCCGUCUCUUCCAGGCGUUCUUCAAGCGUGACGGAACAUACAUCGUACAGAACAACCACUUGGAGCCAAUUCUCGGAGUAUACAAGGUGCUUGUGGACUCUGCCACCAACGACCACGAGGGCUUCUACUUGCUCGAGUCAAUAGUCGAGAAUCUCGAAUUUGCUCAAUACCAAAAGUUUGUUCCAUUGAUAUUCCAGGUCACUUUCCAGCGCAUUGCAAGACACAAGACUGACAAGUUGUUGAGAUGCUUCAUUGUGUUCUUGGGAGUGUUCAUCAACAAGAUUGGCAUUGCAGAGACAAUCAAUAUCAUCAACUCGGUGCGUGCCGGUCUGUGGGCAGACGUCAUCACCAAGGUGUGGAUGGUCAUCUGUGGCAAGGUCUCCGGACCAAUCGAGAAGAAGAUCAUCUCGGUGGGCAUGACACACAUGCUCUGCAGCAACGAGAUGUUCUCGACGAUGCCCGACUCCUGGGUCAACAUUGCCCAGUGUCAGUACCAGGUGCUGACCAACGCCAACACCAGCAACGGAAUCCAGUCGAGUGAGCCCAGCUACAUUGAUGCCGAGACACCCGAUGGAUACGUGCCCACAUUCACACAGCUCCAAUUCACCAAGAAGGAGGACACCGAUCCAAUCCCUCAAAUCCCCGACGCUGCCAUCUUCUUCCGUGAGAAGUUCCUGCCACUCUAUGUUGCUAAUCGUCAAGUGUUUGCUCCUCUCAUGGAGAAGUGUCAAGACCUUCAGAGGCUCCUUCAGUAA